GGUCAACGCCGAAGUACCACGUAACCCGUCCGUCGACCGCUCAACUUCUCGAAGCGACCCUUCGCCAGAAACAAUCCCGCUCAACUACACACACAAAGCUUUCCGAUAUGGCACCUACUCCCCAGGCAUUCGCUGGAAGUCUUUCCGGCAAGAACAAGGCUGAAAUCGUCGACAUCUUGAAAGCCCUUGACCAAGACACUACUGGUCUCAAGGCCGAGCUCGAAGAUAGGCUUGAGCAGUAUCUUCAAGACAACGAAGCUACUCUGAGGGAAGAUGGCCAGUUCAAAGGACUCUACGUCGCCAGGCGUAAACGUCGAUCUCCUCGAGACGAUUCGGCUACUCCAAGCGUCAGAGCUACCCCUAGCGCAAGGGGUACUCGAGCGUCUGAGGAUCUAGACGCUCUCAAGACCGCCACCGGCAACCUCGCCGGCAAGGCUUACGACGCCGCCGCUACUACUUACGAUCAGAGCGUACGACCGACUCUGUACAACGCCCUAGAGGAAGGUCAGGAAAUCGCUACCCGCAGCGCCAAACGGGUCUACAAGAAGGUCAAGGACGUCACCGGACUAGACGAAGAUUCGUUGCGCAUUCCGGACUCACCGACUCGAGCUCUUCGUUCUCAAGCUAGACCCAUCAUUGAGAAUGGGAUCCAAAGGGCGAGGCCUAUCGUCGAGGACGGGAUUCAGAAGGCCAGGCCGGUCGUCGAAGACGGGAUUCAGCAGGCCGAACACCUUCGCAAGAUGUCCGUUCGAUACUGGCGGGAGAACGGGAAGCGCGAGGCGAGGCAAGCGUUGCGUGACGUUCAAGCCCAUCUUUCGACCCCCGUCAACCUGAUCAAGACGAUGUUGUUCUUAGAGAUGGUCUACCUCCUUUACUGUCUCAUCCCCUGGCACCGGAAAGAGCUCCAGUUCCCGCCAUCAAAGUUCAGCUUUCAUGCAUGGGAUAGGUUCCUCUACGCCAUGUUCUGGUGGAUGCCCGAGAUCAAGCGAGGCUACUAUCUUCCCGAAUUGUUUGCAAUGUUUCGGCCCUCUAGUAACAACGCGGGUGCCGGGUUCGCGAUGUGGCUUAUCUACACCGUCAUUCCGCCGUUCCUCCUGAGCCACGUGAUCACCUUCUUGCCCCAAGAACCCGUCAAGGCUCCUGCUCGAAACACCCGCAGCGCAUCCCGAAACGCUUCGAUUGCGGCGCUUCCCGCUUGGGACCCCCUCGUGUUUUGCUUGAUCCGGCUCGCUCUCGUCGUUUUCCCCAUCACCUCGGCUUCACCUGACUUCUUCAGGUUUCAACUCGAGGCGAUUGGAAACCUCAGCGGACGAGCUUUAGUCACGGCCUUGACCGGAGGAUUCGUGCUUGCUCACAGGUUGGCCGCUCUCGCCGAGUGAACACCACUUUGCUAUCUUCAAUCAUUUACCUUCGCUCUUCGCUCCUCUUUGUUCCAAUCCGUCUGAAUGUAAAACCUG